AUGCGUGUGAAUGGGAGGAAGCCUGUUGAACAAAUGGAAUCAAUUUUGGUGCCAAUCCCAACAACAAUUGAUGGCCUAAAAGAUGAGGCUGUAUCUACGGGCAUAGAUAGACAGCAUCUUGUUGAUAUCCCCUGUGAAGAUGAUCCCCUUCUGGGAAAGGAGUCUGAAGUUGAAGUGAACAUCAUUGAACACACGACUCAAAGUUUGAGCAUGUCUAGGAGAAGGGGUUCCAAAGGUGGACUUGUAGAUGAUUUGGGAAUCCCUCUGAAAACAUCCAUAUAUCAGGAUGAGAAACAAUUUACACCUACACAUUUUAUGCCUGAUAUUGGACAGGACAUGACCUUCUUACUCAAAGUUGCCACUCUGAAUAUAUGGGGGAUUCCCUGCAUAUCAAAGGACCUGCCAGAGCGUGUCAAAAUUAUUGCAGAGGCACUCCUCAUGGGGCACUAUGAUGCAGUAUUUCUGGAAGAAGUUUGGAGUCAUGGUGACUUUCUCAAGAUCCAAGAAGUUCUCACUCCAGUGCUUCCUUACUCUCAUUUUUUCUUCAGUGGAGUGGUGGGAUCAGGACUUUGUCUGUUCUCCAAGUAUGAGAUCACAGACAUCCAUUUCCAUAGAUGGACUGUCAAUGGUUACAUUCACAAGAUCCAGCAUGGUGAUUGGUUUGGAGGGAAAGGGAUAGGAUUAUGUCAGAUCAGGAUCCAACAUCUUCUUGUCAACCUUUAUGUGACACAUCUCCAUGCCAAGUAUCACAGGAGUCAGGAUGAGUAUCUGGCCCACCGAGUGAUCCAAGCAUAUGAGACUGCAACCUUCAUCAAACUCACCUCCUUGGGUACAGAUAUCUCCAUUCUUGGAGGAGAUCUCAAUUCUGAGCCCGAUGAAAUCUGUUACAGGAUCAUCCGAGCUUGCAGUGGCCCUCUUCAGGAUUCAUACUGCCCAAUGGACGGACCCAUGAGUGAAGUGACUGCUACAUGCAAUGUCAUUGGAAACAGCUAUUCAAGCAGUAAGGGAGCCUUACCAGAAGAGAAAUUGGACUACAUAAUGUUCUCGCAUUCCCCAAAGACUCAGGUGAAGGUCCUGGAAACAGUGUUGCCAUGGCCUGAGAAGGUACCAGGGCAGCACUUCAGUUACUCUGACCAUGAAGCAGUCCAGUGUACCCUCAAGAUUUCACUAGCUCCAGGGACAGGCAUUCAGCAAGAGACAAAGUCAGGAAUUGGGAGCCCUGGGGAACUGCGGGUGAUUGAAGAAGCUCGUCUAAUCUGUGAAAAGGCCUUGAAGAAGCUUGAGAAGGACCGUUUUUGGUACCUCUUCUCUGCUGCAUUUUUGUUCUUGGUAUUCCUUGUCAUCCUGGCCAUUGACUUCCCGAUGGGGCACUUCUCAAUUGCCUUUCUCUUGAGAACCAUCUUGGCUGUGGCCUGGCUGUUCUGCUUCAUGAUGGGGACCCUGUGGAACCUUAACGAGACUCGGGCCAUCACUGGAGGUAUUCAGGCAAUGAGUCUGAGAAUGAGUGUGUUGAAGCACUUCUAUGAAGACAUUUCCUCAGCGUCAUGCUUCACGAACCGUGGUGAUCCUGAUGUCACUCACUGUCAGUUUUGCGAUAGAGUCAAAGAUUCUUCUCGAACCGGUGUUAAAAGCAAGCUCCAGGCAUUCAUUGGCAUCGAGGAGUCGAUCCUGCGCCGCAAACCGGUCGUCUUCCCCCAUUUCCCCCGAAAAUUCUCGUUCUCCCCAGAGACAACCACAGCCGUCUCAUCUGCAGACUUGAUUUUGAUUCCCUUGAAGGCGCCUAGAGUAGUUGUGAUUCGAGCGAAGAAGAAGGGAAGUGGGAACUCCACCCUCGAGGAUGCCUCUUCUACGUGGAAACGGAUGUUAUUAUCAUAG